UCUAUCCUAUGAUGGGCCGAGGAGGGGCCAUAAUUGCACCAGUCACGAGAUACCUACACAUACUAUUUUACCUCCUAUAUCAAGUCAUGUAAACGUCAUUGCUUCACCAUAAUAAACACAUGUACAUGCUGGUUUGAGGCGCUGCACUCGCCCAUGGGACAUCGAAAGACUAAUCAUGCCCGAAUCUUUUAUUAUUAUUUGAUAUAUUACUCCGUACUCUUAUUACCUUUGUUGUUUCUUCACUCCCCCAAAAGCGGGGCGUCAAGGGUACCCCAGUACUUAGUAAGCUCUGAGUGACUAAGUCCCAUCAGAAACUAAAUCAACAAUAAUCGGCGACCAGCCCGCCACGGACAUAGUUAAAAUACACCCGCUUAUUAAGUGCCCAAGACUUUAUGAACCAAUUGUACCCAAGUUCAGAGAAGAACGUCGGCAUAUCUAGAGCCAACCAAAUACUAAAGACUAUUCGAAAUGACUCGUCACAGUAAGGCGAAAGCGCGGAUCAAGAGGCAGAAGCCGACGAUGAAGUCCAGUACAGACCACCAACCAGAAUACUUGACGAUGCAGCAAGAAGCAAGGAACACAGAAGGCCGUAAUUUGUGGCGUACUGGCUCCAAUUUGCGCCACCAAGGAGUCCGUUUUGUGAGCGCAGGUAACUCCCAGCGAAAUGAAAACAUCGGGGGAGAGGCUCGUGAAGGAGACGCCCCCUGGCCAGAAGAAAACAAUAAGCAACCGCUCACAACGAGGGUUGAGUCGAAGGAGGAUGCACAAGGGUUGAAAAACGAACGCGCAAAGCGCAACGCGUCAUUCUUCGUCGACCUAUCAGGCGAAAGUGGUGCACACACUGGGCUUGCAGACCCCGUUACCACAGUCUCAUUAUCUGAGAGUGGCAACUCCAGCGAAGAUGAAAUAGUGUUUCAUGGGCGGCGUAGAUUCGAAGAAAGACCUCGUAUCAUUGUUGAAGGCCAUGCGAUGAAGGCUGCUGAAACAAAUUACCACUCACCAAAAGAACCCGAAUCGCCACCCGAGACAAGGCCACCCGCACCGGGCUAUAAGUUGUGUCCGGUAUCCGAUGGCAUAUUAACAUAUGAGCUGCCACAUAGAAAUCCACGAACAGCGGAGAGUAUCGAGCAGACGAAGACUGUGAUGCAAUACGCGGGGAAAGUUACCCAGGAGGUAUCGGAAAAUGAAGAUGACGAUAUACUAGCUGACUAUAUAGCAAAUAUGGCCGAACAUUACUACGCCGACCUGCAUAGCUCACUAGCUGGUGAUAUGACGCAUGAGCCCGAGCAUGGGGUAGAGAUGCCGCCGCAAAACUCUACGAUCCAUGCGCCCAUGGGCGAUUCUAUUCGUCGUUCCGGCAAAGGGGAAUAUUCGCGUAGGGAUAUCUUAUCGGAACUGAAUUUUACCAACGAUGCAGGAUCGUACGCGCUCGACGAUGCUGCCUCGGCGAGUAACCAUGAUCUACACAGCUCUCAAGUCAACGACUCCGACGAAGGGGACACUCUUGAUACUGACCUAGACAUCGAGAGACUUCAGGCACUGGAGUGCGAAGUGCAAGGACGCACCGCCCUUCCCCAACAGAACCGCAAAGACUCACAAUGCGGUAUAUUCGCCUCGGCCACUGCCUUCGCCGACGCAUUGGAAAUUGACCCCUACUACGGCUUAGAUAUCAUGGAUUUCAACAGGCCAAGUCUUCGGAAAAAGCAAAGAGGAAAGCAUCGCAAUCCAGACUUGGUCCUAUCGGACAGUGAACUGGAAUUGGAACUGGAGAACGCCUGGCGGAAUGACCGAGAGAAGAAGAAGGCCCGAAAGCAGAAACGAGAAGAACUUCGCUCUCAAGGUCUCCUAGGUCGAGGGGCACAUGACCCAGAUCUGAGAAACAAAUAUACAAACGGCAUGGGGUUUAGUGAUUUGAAGACGGAGAUACGCAUUUUCCUACUGUCGUCAAGAACCAGUUUGGCUCUUCCGCCUAUGACGAAGCAUCGUAGGAAACUGAUUCAUGAUCUAGCAAAUGCGCUGUCUUUAAAUUCACAAUCACGAGGCAAGGGGUCCUCUAGAUUUCCUAUACUGCACAAGACUUCCCGGACUCCGAGGUACACGCAAAAGACCAUUUCCUAUAUCGACCAGAUAUUCUCAAAAGGAAGGUUUAACCACGCAGCCACCAAAUCAUGGGAUCAUAAGAUUACAAAGUCUGCUAAAUCACCUCGUGGUCGCCCAAAUAGUUCUGUCUCAUACAUGGAUGGAGAUAUUGUCGGCGCAUCUGCCCCGGAGAUUGGAGCAGGAAACAAAGGAAGAGCAAUACUGGAAAGAAUGGGUUGGAGUACGGGAACAGCUCUUGGUGCUACUAACAAUAAGGGUAUCCUGUUACCAGUCGCGCAUGUUGUGAAAAAUACCAAGGCUGGCCUAGGGUAGGCUUACCUCGUCGAGUAAUAAGUGUGGCCUCACAUCAAAGUAUAUCCGUACCGCUUCUAGCAAUGUAUGCUAACUGUACAUGUCCAAAAAAAAAAUCAAACAUGUCUGGGUUU